AUGAAAAGUUUUUUGUUUAAAAAUAUUAGUAAAUAUGAUCAAGAAUAUAAAAACAAAUAUAAAUAUCUUGAUAUAGGGAAAGACUGUUAUAAAAAUAAAAGCCUAUUUUUACAAUUACGUAAUCAUAUUUCUAUAUACAAGAAAUUAAAAGUAGAAAUAGGUAAUGUCCAUAAAAAUAAAGUAUUUUACAAUAUAUAUCCUAAUAACUUUUGUAGAAGUAAAAACAUAAUUAAAGCAGAUUAUAUUUAUAACAAAAAAAGAGUAUUGUUCUCAUCAUAUAACAAAUUAUAUAAUAGAAAUAUAACAAAACUUAUUAGGGGGUGUCAAAAAAGUGAGCACAUUAAGAAAAAGAAUAUUUUGUUAUUAGAAGAUAAGUAUAGAGAGAAAAGGAUAUUUGAUUUGAUUGAUUACGAAUUAAAGGAAAAUAGAACAAACCAAUGUAAUUGUGCUAUUAAUAAUAAAGAUAAGUAUAAGUGUAAGUGUGAGUGUGUGAGUGUGAGUGAAAGUAAGCUUAUGAAUGAGAGUAAGAUUAAGAAUAAUAAUAUUAUUAAUAAUUACUAUAUAAAUUCAGAUAGCAUUCAAUAUAAUAAAUGUGCUGGACAAGACAUCUGUAGUGUUAAUAUAAAGAAACACUAUAUUAAUAAUUAUUAUCACAUAUUUUAUUACAAUCCAUAUAAAAUGAGAACAAUACGAUUUAGUAAUUUUGCUCAAGCAGCUAUUUCUUUAAAGAAAGAUACAUGUAUAAAAUUUUCAAAACUUAACUUAAGUGAUUUGUUAUUAUUUAUAAAUAAGAAUUUAUUAGAAGACGAUAUUGACAUAAAGACUUGGAACAAUUUAUUUGUUCAUAUAGAUAAACUGAUAUCUAAAAAGACAAAGAAUGAAGAACAAAAAGUAGAGAUCUCUUUUUUUUUUGAUGGGCUAACAAAUUAUGAAUGCUAUGUACUUAUAGAUAAUCUUAAAGAUAUUGAAGAGUGCGUAAAAAAUAAUAUUUGUGAUAGUAUAUUUUUGGAAUGUUUUGUUAAUAGUUUGAAGAAUAGGGAUAUAACGUUUUGGUAUGAGAGGAAGAGACAUGAACAUUGUGGGAAAGAAGAUGUAAAACUAUUAGAAAAAUGUAAUAAUAAUAAUAAGAAGAAGGAGAAGAAGACGAAUGAUGAUGGUUAUGAUGAUGAUAGACAUAGUAUGAUAAAUAAGGAGAAUAAAGAAAAUAAAAGAAAUGAAAGUAAAAUAAAAUCAUAUAUAAAGAAAAAUAUAAAGGGGUUUUUAAAUAUAUCAACAAGUGAAAAAAGUAAUAAUAUGCCUAAUAAUAAUAUGAAUAAUAAUAAUAUGCCUAAUAAUAAUAUGCCUAAUAAUAAUAUGCCUAAUAAUAAUAUGCAAAAUAAUAAUAUGCCUAAUAAUAAUAUGCAAAAUAAUAAUAUGCAAAAUAAUAAUAUGCAAAAUAAUAAUAUGCAUAAUAAUAAUGAUGAUAAAAGAAAAGGUGAUUUAAUUAAAAGAUAUGUUAAUGAUAAUAUAAAUAGAAAUGAAAAAAAUGAUAAGAUAUGUGAUAGAUCAAAAAUUUGUUCAAGAAAUAUUAAGGAUGUAAGAAUGAUUAAGAAAUGGUUUAAUCUUCUUAGUUAUUUUAAUAACAAAUCUGAAUUUAUAAUAAUAAUAAAGGAAUAUUUAAAUAAAAUAUUUCGACAAAAUAUUGAUGAAUUAAUAGAUAUAAAUUAUUUUUCUAAAACGGUACAUUAUUUAACAAAUCAAAUUAAUAGUAAAAGUAUUCAUGCUAUAAUAUAUACAUAUGAGAAGAAAUUAGAUUUAAUGAAAUCAUAUGAUUUUAGUUAUAGUUUAAUAAUAUUAUUAAGAUUUUUAAUAUUAAAUCAUAAUUUAUUUAAUAAAAUCAUUGAUUAUGCUAUUGAUGAUCCUUUUAAAAAAUUCGAGGAAGCAAAAUAUUUUAUUCGUUUUAUUAAAAGUAUAGAUAGAUAUCCAUUAAUAUAUCCUAAUGAUAUAAUUUAUAAUAGUACAGAAUUAUUUCAAAAGAGUAUGAAUGAUUUAUAUAAUUUUACAUUUACCAUAUUUAUAAAAAAAUUAAGUAUGAAAUUAAAUGAUUAUAAUAUAUCUAAUUUAUUAUUUAUAUCUGAAUGUUUAAGUGAAGUUAUAUUUAUACCUAAUACACAAAAUAACAUAUUACAUAUAUUUAUUAAUAAAUUAAGAUAUCAUAUAAAUAAUUCAAUAGAUAUAUUAUCAGUGGAUAAUUAUAUGUUAAUACGCCUUUUUAAAAUAUCAUCUAUUUUUUCAUUUGUACCAGAAAUGGAAGUAUAUAUAAAAAGUAUUAGAAAUAAGAAAGAGCAUGAUUUUAUGAAACCUAAAGACUUUAUACAUCAUAUGAAUUGUAAGGGAUAUGUAAGGACUCCAAAGUUGGUAAUGGAUUAUAGAAACUAUCUAAGAAGUAAUAGGAAGAGUGGUAGACACACUAUAGCUGUUAUGAAUACUAAUUAUGUCAAGAUGGAAAAUAUAUAUAAUACUAAUAAAAAUAAAAAUGAUAUAUAUUUUAUGCAUGACAUACAAAAUGAUGAAUUCCUAUAUGAUAUAAAGGAACAAAAAGAUAAAAUUCGUGAGUAUGAUCAUACAAAUGAAGAGUGUGCAUAUAUUAAUAAUGUUCAUAUUGAUAUGGAUAAUAAUAACAACAAAAAUAACAAAAAUAACAACAAUAAUAAUGAUAAUAAUAAUAUGACUGUACAGAAUGCUCAUCUUAAUGAACAAUAUGUAAUUUCAAGAAAUAAAGCUCAAACAUACAUCAAUAAUACAAAAAGUAAAAUAAGUACGCUUUUAUGUGGUAAGGUAAAUGAUAUAGAUAAAGAGGAACAACUUGAUGAAAUAAAAAAUAUUAAUAAUAAUAUAUAUAAUAAUAAUAAUAAUAAUAAUAAUAAUAAUUAUAUGAAUCAAUCUAACGAAAAAAAUGAUAUUUAUUAUAAUGACAAAGAGAAUAUUUGCUAUAAUGACAAAAUUAAUAAAAAUAAAAAAAUUCUUAAACAUCCAAAUGAACAUACUGUUAAGGACCUAAUAACAUCUACUGAACACCAGAAAAAAAAAAACUUAUGUUUUAAUUUAGAAAAUGAUAAAGUUAUAAAUUAUUAUUAUUAUGAAAGAUCAGAACUAUCUGAAGGAAGUCAAAGUAAUAAAUUUCGUACAGAUUCGUGUCUUACACAAUAUGAUUUGUUACAAGUAAAGGAUGAUAAAAUUUUUGAUUUAACAAAUUAUCUAAUGAAUUAUAAUAUAAAUCAAGAUGUACAUAAGAAAUAUAAAAAAAAUAAAUUCUUAUUAAAAAAUAUUGUUUUAUUAUUAUGUUCUCGAAUAGAUAAGAAAUUAGAAGAUAUGAUAAACGAAAUGGAAAGUAAGAAAAUAAAUUUGUUGAUCGAAAAAAAUCAAAAUAAUAAAAAAAAUAUUCCUAUGAUUAAAGAACAAUUAAUUCAAGAAAUAAAAUAUAUUAACGAAAUGAAUAAUGAUAAAAAGAAAAUAAAUAAUAAUGAAUAUAUUAUUAAUAUGAAUAAGGAUAAUAAUAAUAACAUAUCAAAUUGUAAUAAUAAAAAAAUGGAAGAAUUAUAUAAAAAUUAUUUAAUAUUUUACGAUAUCAGUAUUUUAAGUGACAUAGUACAAUUUAGCCAUUUCUCUAUUAAUACAAAUAAACAUACGUAUGAAUUAAUUAAAUGUAUAAAAAAAAGACUGGAAGAAAUAAUGAAUUUUUAUUAUAUAAAAAGUAAUAAGCUUGAGGAUGAUGACAUAUUAGAUGUUACAAAUAGAAUAAAUUAUAUAAAUGAGAAUAAAAAGAAAAAUGUUAAUUCAAAUGAUCAUUUAAAAAAUUAUACAGAUACAAAGGAAGUUAUAUGUUAUAAGGAUAAACAUAUUAAUGAUGAAAAACACAAAAAAAAUAAAUAUAAUACAUCUACUACAUAUAAUAUAUCAAAUAUAUCUAAUUAUAACAACACAAAUACCGUUAUAAUAAAAUAUAAAGAUAAUAAAAAUAAUACAAAUGAAGGUAAUGUCGAUGAAAUAAUGUUACAAAAUAUAACUACCUUCAAAUUAUAUAAUUUUUAUUGUGCAUGUCGAAAUUUUAGUCCCUCAUUUUUAUUUGCGUUCUCAGAUAUUUUAUUAAAACUUACACCUAAAAUAAAUGUUAUAGAUACUGAAAAGAAUGUUGAUUUAUUUAAUAAAAAGUAUAUUCAAAAAAUAGAACAUGUAAAAACAUUUCAAAGAAUUCGUAAUAAAAACAUAACAAUUCCUUUUAUAGUUUCCUUAUUACAUUCUUUAAAAAUUAUGAUAUCAUCAAAUUUAUUCUUAACCAAUAAUUUAUUAAAUAUGCAUAUAAGCACGAUGGUUCAGUAUGCAUAUUAUGUUUUAUUUUAUUACUAUUACAACAAGUAUAUGAAGAUAUGUCCAAAUGACAAAAUGUAUAAUAAAGAAUGCGAGAAGGAAGUAAGGAAUUAUGAGAAAUUAUCAUUACGUGAUAAUAUUACAAAUAUGUUAAGGAGAAAAAAACAGAAAGAUCAAAAUAAUGUGAACAAUGUGAAUAAUAAGGUACAUUCAAAUGAGGAUUCUUAUAAUAAUACCAAGUAUUUUGGUAUGGUGGAUAACAUACAACUUGAUAAUAAUGUAACAAUGAAAGAGGGGGUCCUACAAAAUGUUAAUGAUAUAGAUAAAAAUAAUGAACAUAUAGAAAAGUUAAAUGUAAGUGUGGACACUCUGAAGUAUAGAAAUGAAUAUAUUAUGUAUGACAGUGAUGAUGAUAAUAAUAAUAAUAAUGAUAUUAGUAAUAAUGAUAAUAAUAAUAAUUUUCAUAAUAAUAAUUUUCAUAAUAAUAAUAAUUUUCAUAAUAAUAAUAAUUUUCAUAAUAAUUGUGAUAAUAUUUUAAAAGGUCAUAAUGAUGAUGAAGGCUCUGCUAUUUCUAGUAUAAUAAAAUUGAAUAAAAAGAAAAACAAAUCUUUGAUAAUCUUUGAAGAUUUAACACUAGACGACUUGUGCAAUAUAUAUUUAUGCUUGUGUAGCUCUUUAUAUUUUUUAAAUAGAGCAGAAGAAAAAUCUAACGAAAUAAAACAUUUAAUUUAUCUAGAACAUAAAUUUUUAAAAUUGAUUACAAAAAUAAAGUAUAUGAAAUAUUUGUCAGAUAAUUUUAUUUUCUUUUUAUUUAAGGCUCCUUCUACAUCUAAAUUAGAACAAAAAUUAGAUGCUAUUAUUCCUUCUAUAAAAAUAAAAAAUACAAAAAAGAAAAAAAGUAUAUCAGAUAUUUUUUCUUCAACUACCUAUACUCAACCUAUGCAUAUAAUGAGUUUACCUGUAGCAACAGCUUUUUUUUUAUGUAAAAUAAAAUUAUCUAUGUCAUCAAGUGGUAGUAAAGAAUUAAAUAUGUUAAGAAUUGAGAAUAUAAAAAAAUUAUUUGAUAUAUUAAUUGAUGAUUAUAAAUUAUUAACCAAUUGUAUUGAAGAGCUUUUUAUAAAUCCUAUACAAAAGGGAAAUAAAGACAAGACAAAAUUAAUAGACCAAAAAGAAGAAGAUAAUAAUAAAUCCUUGAAUAAUAUUGGAUCACCUAAAUAUACUCGAAAAGUACGUAAAUAUCCAUAUUUACCAUAUCUUAUAUCUAAUAAGGUUUUGGUAAAUCAUAAUGUCUAUUUUAAAGCUCUUAUAAGUGACAUGUUUUUUGGUGUACAUGAAGUAACAACAUUAUAUGGCUUGCAAAAUACAUUAUUGAAAACAGUAAAACAUUUAGAAAAUGCACAAGUGAAUUUGAAUGUUAAUUAUAAAAUAACACAAAUUCAACCUAUGCAUAAUGAUGUCCUUAAUUAUUUAUCAGAACUUUCUAGUGUAGUUAAAGAUUGCUUAUAUACCAUAUUUUUGUCACAGCCUUAUAUUCAUAAAUCUCCAAAGAAAUACACAACAAAAAGUUUAGUUAAUUAUUUUAUUAAUAAAUGUAGAUUUGUGAGGGAUUAUAACAUUUUUGAUGAUUCAAAUAAUAAGUCGUUUACUGAUGCGAAGAGUCACAAAUAUAUGACGAGAGAAUUUUAUAAUUAA